AUUUAUCUCUGUCGCAACCGUCACCCAUUUUAAGAUCGUAAGGCGCAAUCUAGAGUAUUAUAUAUCUAUGGUUCAAAAUGUCAAUUUUGUUUGAAGUUUGAGGUUUGAGUUGAACAAAUAAAUAAAAGUGACAUUAGGAAAAAUAGGAAAUGCAAAUUAUCACAAAAUCAUAAAUAUGUUUGAAGAUGUUUAACAAAACUAUAAAUUUGAUUAAAUACCUAAUAACUUAACUAAAACAAAGUUUAGUUUAAUUCAACAUGCAGGUAGAAAUCAAACCCGAAGUGAAUAGGGAAUCAAUAACCAUAAAAGAUGAACCCCAAGAAACUCCACCAAACUCCUGCAUUAAACAGGAAAGUGAUGUUAAUAUGGACAUAGAUGCUACACCAGUAAUAAAACAAGAACAAAAUGAAACAGUCAAAAGCGAAUGCAAGGUAGAAACGGAAAUAAAAUCAGAACCCCUAGAUGUUAGCAUAAAAGAAGAUGACUCUUCCUUUGAAGAUGAUGAUUUGAAUGUUUCGGUCGAUGAACUUAAAGCCAUCAGUGAAGAUAAAGAUGUGACUGUUAUUGUAAAUGAAACGACUACCUACAAAUGUCAGCUCUGUGAUACAAUUUUCAUAAAAUACGAAGAAUUUAAAGUCCACAGAAAGAAUCAUUAUAUUGAGAAAAGAAGAUGUCAUCUAUGCAACAAAGUAUUGAAGAGUCUUUCGUUAUUGGAAGAGCAUGUUAACAAACAUAUGGGUUUUAAACCUUACAAAUGUGACGAGUGCGCAAAAUAUUUUUUAUCAAAAAAUCAUCUCAGUUUGCAUAAAAGAUGCCACAAUAAGGAUGAAAUCUUCAAAUGCAAUCAAUGCAACAAACAUUUUAAAAGUAGUGGUUCUCUUAGAAGCCAUCGGUUAGUUCAUUCCGAAAAAGUUAUUGAUGAUUUAAAAUGUAAAGUUUGUGGUUACAAAUCACAAAAAGAAGCGGAGCACAAAGAACACAUGUCUGAGCAUGCUACAAAAGAGGAGCUUAAAUGUGGCAUGUGCAAUAAACCUUUUAAAACAGAGCGUGGACUUGAAAGUCAUUUGAGUACUCAUAAAGAGCUGAAGUUUCCUUGUGAAUAUUGUGGAAAGAUUUAUCCGUCAAUGUACAGGAUCAAGAGGCAUAUUAAAAGAGCGCAUGUUCCUAAUACUUGUACACAAUGUAAGGAGGUAUUUCAUGACAGAUUCCUGUUUAACAAACAUAUUAAGCAGCAUAAUGAACAAAAGACGUUUGAGUGUGAAUACUGUCAAAAAAGUUUUGACAAAGCCAAAAAUCUGGCCGAGCAUAUCAGACUUCAGCACAAGCAAGAUGGAGAAAAGAAGAAAUGUCAUAUUUGCGGAAAGGAGUUUAUAAAUAGUUCUUUACUUAGGAAUCACGUUAAAACUCACGACAAAUGUUUCAAAUGCACUUUUUGCGACAAAGUCUUUUCUUCUAGGUAUAACCUAGAAACUCACAACGUGACACAUUCAGGUGCAAAGAAUUUCAAAUGCGACAUUUGCCAAAACCAUUUCGCCAGUAAAACUAGUCUCAAGAAUCACCUCGCUACACAUUCCGAAGAAAGAAGAUACCAGUGUGAAAUCUGCGCCAAAACUUUCAAGACGACUCGUAGACUGUAUACACACAGUUUGAGUCAUACAACUGGGGAAAACCAUGAGUGUCAUAUAUGUCUUCAAAAGUUUAAGCUCAAGCAGUAUCUCAAAGCUCACAUGUACAGACAUUCCAACGUAAAACCAUUUCAAUGUGAUAUUUGCAAGAAACGUUUCAAACACAAGAAAACCAAAGAAAAACACAUGAAAAUCGGCAAACACCAAAAAGUCUCAGAAGAACACGAUUGUGACUUUUGCGACGAAUCCUUCAAGACGAGAGAGUUACUUCUCGAUCACUUCGCCGAAAUACAUCACGAAGAAAACGUUAUGAACGAAUACGACGAAGAAGACUCGAAGAAUGAAGAUAAUAAGAUUACCAGUGAAGAGGAGAGUAUGGUUGUUGAUAAAAGUAUUGCUAGUGAUAGUGAAAAUUCCUAUCUAGUCGAAGCUGUAAACUAGAUUUUGUGUUCGUAUUGAGUAGGGUUAAGUAACGUAGUGAAUUUUGUAUUUUAAGAUUUUUAUUUGUUCUUUUCUCAUUUGUUUUUUGGUGCUUGUUUUUGUAAGUUUAGGUGAAUACAUUUUUGUGAAGUGAGAUGUCCCUUCGUCCGGUAUUAAGGGGGUACUCGCUCACUACAACCUACGUAAAUCAUCACAUGUAAAGUAUGCUUCAAUAAUUAGUAAUUAAAUUACUUAAAUUAUAAAAAUUAACUAGACACAAAAGUAAUGCAACUAAAAAUGCCAAAUGCAUUUGGAUUGGAUUGUAUUAGUUUUAUAUGUACCUACAUAAUUUGUCGGAUGUGAUUUUCGUGUAAUAUAAAUUUCCAUGACUGUCGUACUGUAAUUUAUAAAGUUUAAAUAUAAUCAAAAAUGAU